AUGCUGGGAUCACACGUUGUCUCGGAGUGGAAUCUGCAUGAAGUCUUCGCGGAGGCAAUUUUGGCAGGUCCGCCAGAUUCAGGCCGAAAUCCGGAGAUCAUCGCUGGUAUGCCCACGGCAAACCCUGUAGAUCAGCCGAAUGUCCUCUGGUACACAAACCCUAAGGAAUGGGACUUUGUCCAGUAUCACGCCUCCAUGUCAAGCCAGACAGUCAGUGUUGCAGUUGUCCCGUUAAGAUUACAACUCGAACCCGCGCAGAAUGUGACGGAAACAACUUCCAUUGUCAUGGAGAGCUUCAUGCUCAAGCUGCAUACAAAAUCGCAUCUGCCACGAGAUAGGACCAUUGACCCAAGUACGCAUCUGGCUGAGCUCGGAGUGGACUCGAUAGUGUCCCUGUAUAAGUGGUCCACUUGA